AAAAAGCAAUCGACUGCUUGCUCGCUUUGGCUAUUCUGUUAUUACAGCUUUCGUGGGGUUAAGUGCUCGUCGACGUAUCUCAUUGCCAAGGUAAUAAAAAUUUUCAUGAUAUCAAACUUUUGGAAGAGUGUCAGUUACAGAUAUGUCGCGCCCUUUGGAGUGUAAAGUUUACGUUGGCAACCUGGGAUCUCAGGGUUCUAAAAGUGAGCUUGAGCGAGUUUUUGGUUUCUAUGGACCAUUGACAAACGUCUGGGUUGCUCGAAAACCUCCUGGUUUUGCAUUUGUUGAAUUCGAAACGGAAAAAGAUGCACGUGAUGCUGUGAAAGCGCUUGAUGGAAGGACUGUAUGUGGUGUGAGAGCUCGUGUUGAGUUAUCCAGUGGAAUGUCCAGAAGGGGAGGACAUAAUGGUGGCGGAGGGGGUGGAGGAGGUUAUCGUGGUAGUCAUGGUGGAAGGGAUGAUUAUUAUGACCGGAGAAGAAGUUAUAGGUCCAGGUCCAGAUCAAGAAGUCCACAUAGAAGAUAUUCACGAAGUCGCAGCCGAAGCAGAGAUCGUACCAGGAGAAGUAGAAGAAGUCGUUCAAGAUCAAGUGAAACUAGAGACGAAGCCCAGAGGAACGCAGCCGCAGUCGGUCACCAUCUCCCAAAGCUGAACAUUCCAGAUCACCUAGUCCUGGAAACAGAAGAAGAAGUUGUAGCAAAAGUAGAAGCAGAUCAUAUGAUUGAAAGAAUGAAUUUUCCUUUUUCAACUUUGUUACAAAUGUGUACAAACCUUGCUCCUAGCAUUAGUUUUUCAAAGUUUUUUCUAGUCUGAGCUCUGUCAGUAUGAACCAUGAUCGGACAUAUGCUUGGCAAAUAAUAAUCACUGACGGUGUUGCUUACUUUGACAGAACUAUCACAUACUUUUACCUGGCACACCACAAUCCUUCAGUUCACUCCAUUGUUUGAUAUGGCAAAGUAAACUACCUUCUCUGUAAGAUUUGUGCUGUUGAAAACUAGAUUUCGCAAUUCUCUAUUUCUGACCUGGAUGUAAGCUUGUUUUUAAAAGAAAAGUUUGAACGUGUGCUGCUUUGCUCACUUGUGUCUGAAUGUGAUUUAAUAUUUCAGCAAAUUUAAUUGCUUUUUAACUUUCAUGCAAUGAAUCUGGUUUUAUCAUAGGGA